GAAUCAUGACACAGCGCUUGCUGGCGUGAUGUUUUGACUUUUGGUGGUUUGAUUGUUUUGGUGUGAGCAGCACAUUUCCAAAUUUCGACAUGUCUGAUGCCACAAUUUUGAUAUUCUUCUAUUAAUAGGAAAUCUCGAAGUUAAUGUUAAGGGUACAUUGUAUUUCAAAGAUGCCGCCACGCGUUGAUGACGUAAUGAAGCUUUGUUGCGAACUGUCCACAAAUCAACAAGUGAAGGCAACAGUGAAGCAGUCUGGGAAGGGAGCAGUGGCAGCCGGUGGUCUAGCUUUCGCUGGAGGUUUAAUAGGUGGUCCUCUAGGAAUUGCAGUAGGUGGUGCUGUUGGUGGACUUCUUGGAUGUUGGUUGACAAGCGGACAGUUUAAACCUCUCCCCCACGUUAUCAUGGAACUGACACCAAACCAGCAGCAGAGACUUUAUGAAGAUAUUGUAGCCAUCCUAGGCUCAAUAACAUGGACUGAUGUUGCACAACUUACUGCCCUUGUAAUGGGAAAUGCCACACUUCAGCAGCAGGUGACAGCUGCCCUUUUGAGUUAUAUUCAUAGGGAGCUUCAAGCUGAAGUGCACUAUGUAGACUAACACAAAUAUUUUCUCACUGGCAUUUCAUGCCAGUCAACCAUGUGUCAUACAGGCUGUUGGUUGGAUGCUUGAUUACUGUAGUUAGAAAAUGUUUACAUGGUACACUUGAAUCUAAGAUACACUGUUUUAUUUCCGGGAUCAUGUGUGAUUUAAUAUUAGGGCAUAUGGGGUGUAGCUAUUUAUCAAUUAUGAAGUUUAAUACUUCAGAACAUGUGACAUUGCUAUUGUUGAAUGCUGGUUUAAUUUGAUCUGAUAAUUAAAUAUAUUUUUGUGCUGUGUAAGAACUGUUUUUACCAAGUCAAAUGCCUUAAAACAAAAAUUGUUGCUUGCUUUAAAAUAUGUAUUUAUUACAGAUAUUGUCAGACAAAUAAAAGCAUUUCGAGGAAAUGUCCAUUCA